AUGGGCGCACCUUCACAAAUAUCUGUUGGGAAGUUAAAACCCUUCUCCAUUGCCAAAAGCUCUUGCCCUGAACACAAGCAUAUCCUUUCAAUUUCAAUCCCACGACUCUCCCAUUGCCAUAUUCCCCUCCUCCUCUCUCAAUCAAUUGUUUCAGGUCUUCUCCUCAAGCUACCCCUUGUCCACUCUGUCCUCCGAUCUCUCUCCUUGGGGCCUUUCCCGUCUCUAUCCCUCUCCUUCCUCUCCCUGCUCCGCCACUCUGGAUAUAUGACCCUUGAUAACUACUCCCUCAACAUUGCUUUCUCCGCCACUGCCCGCCUCCCAUCUGUUUCUGUUGGUGCCCAGCUUCAUUCCCUUUCUGUCAAACUUGGCUUGGUUUCAGAUACAUUCGUCCUUAAUUCCCUUAUCAACAUGUACUCAUCUUGUAGCUAUCCAACUACUGCAAGACAAGUUCUCGAUUCUGCUCCCCAAGGAGCUUGUGACACAGUUUCUUGGAAUACAAUAAUUUCUGGAUACCUACGAGGUGGGAUGCCUAAUAAAGCUUUGCAGGCCUUUGGCCAGAUGGUCAAGGAGCAAGUUAGUCUGGAUGAUGUCACAUUGGUGAAUGCACUCGUUGCUUCUGCCAAGGCAGGCAAAGUGAAGGUCGGGAGGCUGUGUCACAGUUUAGUUGUGGUGAACGGAGCUGGAAUUAAUUGUUAUAUGGGAUCCUCUCUGAUUAGUAUGUAUGCCAAGUGUGGAUUGGUUGAGGAUGCCCGCAAGGUAUUUCACAGAAUGCAUGAGAGAAACGUGGUUUGCUGGACAUCAAUGAUUUCUGGGUACACACAGUUGGGUAAGUUUAAAGAGGCUGUCGACAUUUUUAGGGACAUGCAAAUUACUGGAAUGAAGGCUGAUGAUGGGACAAUUGCUACUGUUGUGUCUUCAUGUGCCCAAAUGGGAGCACUUGACUUGGGACGAUAUGUUCAUGCUUACAGUGAUGUUCAUGGUUUAGGGAAGGAGCUUUCUGUGAAGAAUUCACUGAUUGAUAUGUACUCAAAGUGUGGGGAUAUAAAAAAGGCUCAUGAGAUAUUCUGUGGAUUGACCAAGCGAGAUGUGUUUUCUUGGACGUCAAUGAUAAUGGGCUUUACUGUUAAUGGCCUCUGUAGUGAAGCACUCGAUUUGUUUGUUCAGAUGGAAGGAGAGGGUAAGGUUAUGCCAAAUGAGGUCACUUUUUUGGGUGUCCUUACUUCUUGUAGCCAUGGAGGGUUAGUGGAACAAGGGUUCCAUCACUUUCAGCGUAUGUCAAUGGUCUACAAUCUUGCACCAAGGAUUGAACACUAUGGAUGCAUGGUUGAUCUCUUGGGCCGUGCAAAGCUAUUGACAGAGGCAGAACAGUUUAUUAACGAGAUGCCUAUUGCCCCAGAUGUGGUAGUAUGGCGGUCUUUGUUGUUUGCCUGCAGAGCUUGUGGAGAGGUGGGACUUGCAGAAUUUGUAGCAGAAAGGAUCCUAGAAUUGGAGCCAAAAAAGUGUGCAGGACACGUUUUACUUUCUAAUGUCUAUGCUACCACAUCAAGGUGGGUUGAUGUGAAUAAGUUGCGGACAUCUAUGGACAGUAGUAGGAUGAGUCAAAUAGCACAGGUGGUUGUGGAAUUUCUUGAGGUAGCAGUCAGCUGCAUCGUCUUCCUCAAAGGCUUCUAUCCUCCUCGUGCCUUUGAGAGGAGAAGGUACAUGAAUGUAGUGGUCCAGAAAGCACGGCAUCCUGAACUUGCUAGCUAUAUUCACUCCGUGACUAUUGGCCUUCUCCCUUUCAUUCAGAAGGGAUUGGUAGAGAGGGUUGUGGUCAUCUUCUAUGACAAAGGGCAUGUACCAAUUGAGAAGUUUGUCUUCAAGCUUGCAGUCAACCAAUCAUAUUGUUCCAAGUUAGAGGAGGCAAACCUGGAGUUUGCUCUGCGAGCAUUCUUGAUCAAGCUGACUGUUGCUGAGCCUGUUACCAAACCCCUUCCAUCAGAUGGUAGCUGGGAGAUCACUGCCUACUUCCGGUCCCUCCCUGCCGAUGGUGACCGAGAAGCCCAGCUGUGGAUUCCUACAGACACCAAGCUGUGGAUGCAGCCUCCGCAGAUUACCCCCAUCAAGUCAGUUAGCUGUGACCCUCUGAAGAUGCAGCUUUACUUGGAGCACCCUAGCCCCACGGAACCGAAGGAUCCGCCAGCAUAA